UUUUUACUAAUUGAGUGACUUGAAAGUACAUAUUAUCUCCAUGCACCAAACACCAAAACUACUAUUUGUUUAUUUGCUCAAUCCAUUCUAUAUAUACCCAAAAUCCUGUUGCACAAUCAUCUCAUCUUUCCUCUAAAUUGCGAUUAAUUAAAUCCUUAGUUACCAGUUUAAUUAAUUCUUCAAGUGUAGUGUCCAAUUAAUGGCUCCUUUUUCUACAACCUUAUUUCUUGUUUUGUUAACAGUUCCUCUGUGCAGCGCAACUCUUGGAGUUCAAUACUAUGAUCAAACAUGUCCUCAUGCUGAAGAUAUUAUUUAUCAAACAAUUCGCAACGCUUCGUUUUAUGAUCCUAAAGUCCCCGCACGUAUUCUCAGGAUGUUCUUCCAUGAUUGUUUCAUUAGGGGAUGUGAUGCAUCAGUUCUAUUGGAUUCAACACCAGAAAACAAAGCAGAGAAAGAUGGUCCGCCCAACCUUUCUCUUGGAGCUUUCUAUGUGAUUGAUGAUGUCAAAACUAACCUCGAAAAGGCUUGCCCAACAACUGUUUCUUGUGCUGACAUAGUUGCCAUUGCAGCUAGAGACGUCGUGGCCAUGUCUGGAGGUCCUUACUGGUAUGUACUAAAGGGAAGAAAAGAUGGAAGGGUAUCAAUAGCUAAUGAGACAAUUAACUUACCAGCUCCAUCCUUCAAUACAAGCCAACUCAUUCAGAGCUUUGCCAACAGGGGAUUGGGAGUGAAAGAUUUGGUUGCUCUUUCUGGUGGACACACACUUGGAUUCUCACACUGCUCUUCAUUUGAAGGCAGGCUACAUAACUUCAGCUCAGUGCACGACACUGACCCGAGCUUGAAUGCAGUAUUUGCACAGAGCUUAAAGAAGAAAUGCCCAAAACCAAACAGUGAUCGCAAUGCAGGACAAUUGUUGGACCCAACUUCAUCAGUAUUCGACAACAACUAUUACAAGCAAAUUAUUUCAGGCAAAGGUGUUUUUGCAUCAGACCAGAGUUUGUUGAAUGACUACAGAACUGGAUUGAUUGUUAAAGCAUUUGCCAAUGACCAAACUCUGUUCUUCAAGGAAUUUGCUGCUUCAAUGAUCAAGCUUGGAAAUGUUGGUGUCCUUGAAAACGGAGAAGUUAGACUCAACUGCAGAGCUAUGAACUGAGAAAUGAGUGUGUUUUUGUAUACCAUUGUUUGUUCUUUUUGCUGGUUAAUAAUUCUCUGUAUACUGAGGCUUAAUGAAAUACUAAUAUGAAAUAUCUAUGCACCUUGUAUUAUUGCCUUGUAAGGUGAAAAGGUAGCAGAGGAAGAAUAAUAUCAUCGGAUUGUUGCAGGGUGGAAGUCUCCAGAUAUGAAUGUAUUCCACCUACAGUUAUUAGUUUCUUCUCAAGUAUCUCAAUAGAUUACAAUAAAGACAUUGAUUG